AUGAGAGAAGUAUUCGAGGAGAAUCGCAGAUUUUGGUUUAAAAGUCAUGGUGUUUGGAAACGUGUUUAUGACUUAGUUGAGAAAGAAGCAACUCGAACUUCAUUGGACGCGAAUGACUUGGUUGAAAAUAUUUGGUACUGUGCG